UGAUGUGCGUGCGGGGUGUUAGGCUACAUCAAGAUCAUGUUGUGAUGUUGUGAUGAUGUGAGGAUGGGAUAGUCACAACUCAUCCAUAACACAUCUCGAGUGGGAGGACUAUUGUUGACCAUCCUGUCUCGUGCGGAAGAUUGAAACGAACUGACCUCAGAAAGAGGAAGUUGUCGUCGGUGAAACCGGGUUUAAACUCCUCACCACCAGUACACAGCAGCACACAGUGAUCUGAACGUGGGCGACGGCGCGCUGAUAAAUAGAGAUGUUGGAUGGCAGCUGGGGGCUGAUCCAUGAAUGGGAGAUCGACUGCAUGGAGGAAGAAGAGGGCUGCUACUGCGGAGGAGGAGGAGGAGGGGAAACAAAGUUACACCGGCAAGACUCUCUUGUUCAACUUCUCCGACGGAAAGAGACGCGACUGAUGCGGAUCUCCUGGUGUCUGGUCGUGGUGCUGCUGCUGCUGGUCUCAGGGACUAUGGCGGUGCUGUUCUCGGUGGUGCUGGGAGGAGGGCGAGGUCACCAGGCACAGCCGACGAUGCAGCCUGACAGCCAUUUCUCAGGGGGCAGAUUCGAACGGCUGCAGCAGCAGGAAGACCUCACGAAUCCAAGUGCCAUGCUAACAGCUCCUACAGGCAACAACAGUAAAGGGGGAUAUCUUGUAUGGGAGAAUGCCAUAGGAUUUGCUUUCUGUCAAGGCGGUUUCAACUAUUCCAGUGGGUCCCUUGUGGUGCCCAGGGACGGCAUCUUCAGAGUCUUCCUGCAGAUCACCUAUGAGAGCAAGGACGACCUCAAGUGUGACCCCGAUGAGGAUGAGCAUAGGCUCAGCAUAGGAGUGUUUUUAUUCCACGACAGUUACCCGAACUAUAUGCAACUCCUGUCAUCAGUCGACUCAGUGGAUUGCGGCAAGAAACGCUGGAGUAAAUCCAUCUACACGGCCGGCUUGUUCUCCCUAAAGGCUAACAGCAGACUACGCGUGAAAUCAUCGAAACAUGAACUUAUUGUUAAGACAGAACACCAGGUGUUCUUUGGCGCUGAACUUCUGCCUAAGUAAUCCAGUCAGACAGUUAGAAUCACCUAACUCUGAUCUUGAAGUUGUUUGCACCUUCAACUCCAUGGGAACUUAAGGGAAGGUAUCAGUGUAUAGCUUUAUGGUUUUCUUUUGCUAUUACUGCUCAUGAAAAGUCUAAACCCAAUGAUGACUAUGCAACAGCAAGAAGCUACUAGUAUCUGCUCGACUAUAGGAUUGCUUUAUCUCAUUGAAAUUAUAAGAUGCGUUGUUUUUAACGCAUUAAUAUCAGCCCACAGAGACAUACUGAACCUUGUGUUGCCAACUCUUCGCCAAUGAAAGUAGCUAGCAGCACUAGCGUGUCCUGUAGUACUGCGGACCCACAGAUAGAUCUACUUGAUAUCAACUGUUAUACCACCGAACAGCAUGCUGGGUACAGCUCGCUCUUCGUUGAUGUUCGAGCUUUUGCACCCGAAAGUCACUAAAUCUAGCGAGAAAUUCGCCAAGUCGGCAACACCAACAGUCCAUCCCUUCAGUUCUCCCUCCAAAGCCACUCCCCCAAAAUGAUCAUUAUGAAUGUAAACAACGAACACCGGCUAUUGUUAGUACUCACAGCUGUCUAGCUAGCAGCUCGUGGAAGACUCCGUGAUGCACAAUGGUCACAGAUUUUGGUGUAACACCAGUAUCAUUGGUAUUCAGAGAAGUCAUGUGCUUGGUCAUUUUUACUCACGUCUAUUUUAUCCCACAAGCUGAAUGUGAUUAGUGCUGUAGGACGGCGCUUAUUAGCUUACAAUGCGUCGCCAAAGCCAAUUUCGUGGGUGUGAUAAGAAAAUUACCGGCAGUCACACAUCAUCCCACGCCCACGCCCAUGCACUGCUGCUGCCAUGAUCUCUUUCUUGUGGUAUGUCUGACCAUAUUAUUGUCUAUCAAGUAAUAAAGAUGAAGAAAGAAAUGCAGAACUACUUUCACCAGCACAAAGGACAAAACAGUUCUACUUUUUCAAUGACACAGAAUAUGCUGGAAAUAGAUUAAAGUAAGUGCAAUGUGCUAAACAUAUGGUCAGCUCUGUCUGAUAAAUGAUGGCUCAGAUUCAGACGCACAACUCGAGAUGCUUGACGACUUUCUGAAUAGUCUGCUAUAGAUCUGGUGAUGGAUUACAAAGAGAUCAUUACACCCCUGCUGUAUUGAUGAAUUUGACUUUUUCUCGCCAUGAGGCUAACUGUAAACUGAUAAAAACAUAUGGAAAGGGUUUUUUCUCUUUGUUAUUUUUUUACAUGCAAGGUGCUGUUAUGCAAUUAUGCUUACAUAGGUCUAUUUAACAAAGUUAAAGAUGUGUUUAAUUUAUUAUUUAGUUCAUUGGUUGCUGGGCACUAUGUACUCUGAGUUGGUGCUUUGCAAAAUGACGUGUUCCUACUUUGAAAGAUAUCAUAUGAUUUGUGAUUUUUUUUAUAUAUAUUUGUGUGUAUGUGUGUUGUGCAGAAUUUCUAAAAGAAAAGUUUCUAAAAAAAACAACAACUUAAAUGACAAAACAUCAAGCUAUUACCUUUUGUCAGUGGGGAGUGAAAAUGUGUGGGUUAAUGUUUUGGCGUAACUUUUAAGACAUUCUCUCACGUCCCAAAUGUUUAUAAUGGAUGAAUAAGGGAGUAUGUCUGCAACCGCAAAUGAGUUUUUUUCCCCAAAAUCCAAACUGCUCCAGAGAUAAGCAUGAGUCAGAAUAACAGGAAAUAGGUCACCAACCUGGUUACAGCCACAAUGUUGUUCGAAAUAUGGUUUCCUUAAGGUAACACAGUUUAUGAUUGUGGAUAAACCAUUACCAUUCAAUCAUCAACAUGAAUCAGGGUUUUGGAACGCUUUCCUUACUUUGUUCCACCCAUCCUGGCUGCUUAUUAACCUUUUGGAAUGUUCCUCAUGAUAUUCGGCAUUUAUAGUCUUUCCAAAGGGCGUAUUUGGCGAGUUAUACAGUGACGAAUAAUUUACAGUAAUAUUACGUUUCUUUGUUUUCGUUGCUUUGUAUUGCUAAACUGGGUACUUUAAACCCUAGAGGAUUAAAUAAAGAAUUGGAUUUAAAUGAUUUCUAGAAUGAAUAUUUGUGUAAUACUGUAUCUAUAACACAUGUCUUGUUAUCUGAAAAAAAAAAUAUUAUUUAUUUGAUCAUAAAAAGAAUGUAAAAUGUAUUCAUAAGUUAUUAAGUUUGUGCUAUAGAAUUGAAUCGUGUGGCUGGGAUAUCUGGUUAUGUUGUUCCUUACACUGUGGUUGUCCGUGAAAGGUGACUUCACUGAGAUUUUAAGAAAUGUGCACAUGGGCCAGGACCAUGUCUGUCCGUUGAUGGAAACCAAGUGCAGUUUUGCAAGUUUAGAAUGAUCUCAACUUCUAUGCAGAUGCUGUAUUCUGAUCAACUAAAAUGAAACUUUGGAACUUUGUUAAUCAUAAUUAAUAAUGUUCAUGAAACACGUUCAAUGCCUGUUGCUUGCCUGACAAAUAAAAAAAGGCUUCUUGGAAUUUCA